AGGGAAGGCGCGACACCUUAUCUAGGAGCGCGCCGCCCGCGGCAGCUGCCAGUCGCUCUCUGACAACCACGCCAUGUUGACCGCCAACCCACUGGUGCUGCUGCCGCUGAUGCUGGCGGCUUCGUGCUUCGCCCAGGACCAGACGCCGCAGCUGCCGCAGGGGCGAACCACCCUGGGCGAUGGCACCUGCUCCCUCCAGGCUGCUACCAUCACCUGCGUCUGCCGCCCCGGCCAAGAGGCGCUGGACCUGACGGCUCCCUUCAUGGAAGGCAGCGGUGCGGCCGAAGUUCUGCAGGUGAGCAGCUGCCCGUCGGUGACGUUCGCCUUCCCGCCGCUGCAGAAUCUGCACACGCUGCGCGUCGCGCACACCGCCAGGGCCAUGUUCCAGGAAAAGGCGUCGCCACUGCUGCGCCACCUUGCGCUCGUGAACAUCUCGGAGGUGGAGCUCCAGGGCCCCACCUUCCAGGGCGCCGCUCUGGAGACGGUGCUCCUCGACGGUGUUCGUAUCAGCGUUGUUCGCAGUGGGGCUUUCGCCGGCCUCAGCAAAAUCCAGAACGUCACAUUCAGAGACGUACGCUUCAACGCAGUACUACAGGGUGCUGUCGAACUCCAGAUGGUUGGCAACUCGGAGCUCACUAUCCUGAGAAGUGAAUUGCUGAGCGUUAUGACAUCCGGCAUCGUCGUGAAAGGCGUGACGAACUUCACAAUGCACGAGUCUAGACUGACGACAAAGGGAGACGACGGUCUGCAGUUGGACGCCGCUGGCGCCGUAUCCGUCUCGGACAGCCAGCUGCAGUCGGGGGGCGCAAUCAGGCUCGCCGUGCCGUCCGGCGCCACCUUCAGGUUCGUCAACAACGUGUGGAAGAACUCGUCCUUGCUGGAAGUGGGUCAGCAGCUCCUGCAGUCCGGCGCCGCUUUCGACGUGACGAACAACACGUUCCAGUGCGCCUGCGACCCCGCGCUCGACGCCGUGCUCCGCCUGCCCGCGGCCGCCGCGCUGCUCGACAACAACUGGUGCGACGAGAGCCUCUGCGGCCAGCCGGUGCCGAUGCGCGUACUCGCCAGCUGCCGCAGCCCGAGCGAGAAGCAGGCCGCCUGCGACGCAGCGCUCCCAGCCGCCGCCGCCACUCCCGGUACAGCCUCCGCACCGCCCUCCACCACUCACCGUACAGUGUCGACCACGCCCGCCGUCACCGUGUCGCCGAGGGCGGCCAAGCCGCUCAGCCCCGGAGCCAACAACAAGGCCACUGCCAUCGCCGUCUCCGUGACCGCGGCACUCCUCCUGACCGUGCCUGCUGCCGCGGCCCUUACUCUGUAGCCAGUGGACUAGCUCACAGGUUGCCGCGACGGACAACCGACGUCAACUCGUAGUGAUGAAGGCGCCUGCCACCCUACAUUGUGGCCAACGUCGCUCUAGCUUGCCGCUGCAGCUCAUCUGUCACAGGUGGCGAGCGGUGGUACUGUGAAGCCUGUCGACUGUGUCCACCUGGAGACAUUCUGCACUGAAGAGUAUCUCACACUCCGAUAUCAGCCCACUGGAAAAUCAAGUCUCUACUGUCAAACUGGCUAGUACCCCACGUACGUAAGUCACUCGUAGCCUCACUACAGAACUGAUUAAGUAGCCCGCCAGUUGCCGCAACAUAGAUAGCCUGGUAGCAAAUUUGAGAACAGUACCUGUGCGAAAAGACGAUGUAAACGAGAUGUUCAUCUGUUUUCCCAGGUAAUGCACCAGUCGACGGUCGCCCGCGCGAAUUACCGCAAUUACUUAAGAGAACGCCAACAGUACAGUGGUGUGCGUGUAAUAAUGCGAGUGGUCUACAUCUACAUCUACACUCCGCAAGCCAACCAACGGUGUGUGGCGGAGGGCACUUUACGUGCCACUGUCAUUACCUCCCUUUCCUGUUCCAGUCGCGUGCGGUUCGUGGUAAGAACGACUGUCGGAAAGCCUCCGUCCGCGCUCGAAUCUCUCUAAUUUUACAUCCGUGAUCUCCUCGAGAGGUAUAAGUAGGGGGAAGCAAUAUAUUCGGAGUCUCAGAAGCAGAAACAAUGGCCCAAUGAGCGCUUACCCCAAUACUGUAAAGUACUGGGCGAAGCAACUGUUCGGUUGGGACAAAGACACAGAGCACAUUGGUAGUGCUGUAAAGUAUUCUCUCUCUCUCUCUCUCUCUCUCUCUCUCUCUCUCUCUCUCUUUCUCUUUCUCUCUGGACAGAACGCUUCAUCCACAUGCCUUCUUACUUGCACACCACUGAACGCGAAGUCCUUCUGUGUAUGAACACAGAAACACGGCACAAUAUUCUGUUAAGACCUUCCUAGGCUCGAGAAAGUUUUCUGGACCCUACUACCAAGACAAUCUUACCAAGUAACGUGCUUUCCGGUUGUAAAGCGGAGAUGUUGAUUCCAUUUUAUCCACAAUAUUUCGACGACCGGCCCAAAGCCUUCUCCUUCAGCUGCCGCAAGCUGUCUUAUGCGUAAUCGCCGUACGGGUUUCAGCCAGACCAGAGUCCACGCGAAGAGUACACGUAACAAAGCUCUCAGCACCCGAAGGAGACGACUGGGUCAGUCACUGAAUUAUUUUGCAUGAAACGGAAUAAAUAGUCAGCUGUUCAUCCAAAAGCAUAUCAUUAAUCAAUCACGACAGGAACACCUAAAAGAACACACAGUCUUCCCUUCCCAUUUAUAUACAUUCUGAACCCUCAGCUCUGGUCCCGCGAAUCUUUGGAUUAAAGUACAUUCACAAGCCUGCAACCGUAACCCAAUUUGAUAAACAAAACAUUUGUUCAUCAGUUGUCCACAGGAACUAUGUCAAUAAAAAGCGUACUUUCACCACACAGAUUCGUAUGAUAUGUGGCUGGUGCUUAUGUCUCACUAAAGGGCACGAUUAUCGCAUUAGCAGUAUCGUAAUGCCAGGGUGGAAUCAACAACUGCACAUCGCUUCACAAUUUGUCAGUCGUGGCAGUAAAUUCAAAGGUGCGAUUGCACUCAUGCAACAGUCGAGAGCGCAGUGCAGUUUUCUGACACUGACACGUCAGUGGUUUUGUAAGAAAUUUCACGUUAAUGUUGCAGACUCCCAUUGACGCCGCUAGAGAUUUCGCAGAGCUGUAGUGCCAUGCUAGUGUGAUAGGGAAUGUGAGCAGCCUGCCAAUAUGCUGACUUUAACGAGUGACAAGUAUAGGACGUGUAAUUAAUUGUGAUGUGCCACAAUUCAACUUAUCUAACGACGUUGUAAAUAGUUCCGCUUGUAAAGACUGACUGAACACUGUGAAUUUUCUUACUGACACUGAAAAUCAAGAUUCCUAGUGAAGUUUCUUCAAUAAAAUUAUGCGUUACGUCUGUUGUACUUCACUGUUUUUUAUAAAUAUUCAUAAGUAUUAAUUAUUUAUAUAUGUAUGUGUCUGUACGUAAAAAUAAAUUAUCAAAUAAAAUCUUCA